ACCAUGCUGAGCAUCGUCAGAUACCGUGCUUAUGUGGAAGUGCCCCGUGCUUGCUCUGCCGAUGCUGCCCCAGUGGAAACAACUCCACCAUAACUCGGCUGGUUUAUGCGUUCUUCUUACUUCUUGGCGUGAGUGUUGCCUGUGUAAUGUUAAUACCAGGCAUGGAAGAGCAGCUGAAGAAGAUCCCUGGAUUUUGUGAUGGAGGGAUGGGAACAACUAUUCCUGGUGUGCAUGGCCAUGUGAAUUGCGAUGUACUAGUUGGUUACAAAGCCGUGUACCGUGUGUGCUUUGGCAUGGCCAUGUUCUUCCUUCUCUUCUCCUUAUUGAUGAUCAAAGUGAAGAGCAGCAAUGACCCAAGAGCAGCGGUGCACAAUGGAUUCUGGUUCUUUAAAUUUGCAACAGCACUUGCAAUUAGUGUUGGAGCUUUCUUCAUACCAGAGGGACCGUUUACAACUGUGUGGUUUUAUGUAGGUAUGGCUGGAGCAUUCUGCUUUAUUCUUAUUCAGCUGGUCUUGCUUAUUGACUUUGCCCACUCCUGGAAUGAAUCUUGGGUUGAAAAAAUGGAGGAAGGAAACUCAAGGUGCUGGUAUGCAGCUCUGCUGUCAGCUACAGCUGUCAAUUACCUGCUGUCUCUAGUAGCAAUUGUCUUGUUUUAUGUUUAUUAUACUCAUCCAGAAGGUUGUUCUGAAAACAAGACAUUCAUCAGUGUUAAUAUGCUGCUGUGUAUUGGUGCUUCUGUAAUGUCAAUUCUGCCGAAGAUUCAGGAAUCUCAGCCAAGAUCUGGUUUGCUGCAGUCUUCUGUGAUCACAAUUUAUACAAUGUAUUUGACUUGGUCAGCUAUGACCAAUGAACCAGAUAGGCGCUGUAACCCAAGUUUGCUGAGCAUCAUUGGUUACAACAGCACCACCGUUCCAACCCAAGGUCAGGUAGUUCAGUGGUGGGAUGCACAAGGAAUCGUAGGACUGGUCUUGUUUUUGCUGUGCGUUCUUUAUUCAAGCAUCCGAACAUCCAACAACAGCCAAGUUAACAAGCUGAUGCUGACCAGUGAUGAAUCAACGCUGAUAGAGGAUGGCAUGCCCAGGAGUGACGGCUCCCUUGACGAUGGAGAUGAUGUUCACCGAGCCAUAGAUAACGAGAGGGAUGGAGUUACUUACAGUUACUCCUUCUUUCAUUUCAUGCUUUUCCUGGCAUCACUGUAUAUCAUGAUGACGCUUACCAACUGGUACAGUCCGGAUUCUUCUUAUGAGACGAUGACCAGCAAAUGGCCGUCUGUCUGGGUGAAGAUAUCUUCCAGCUGGAUUGGCAUCGUGCUGUACGUGUGGACUCUGGUUGCUCCGCUGGUUCUUACAAACCGUGACUUCGACUGA